ACGAUUCGAGUAAACCCGUCGUCGUCGCGGGAUCCAGCGAGCUUAUCAGGCGGCUCAAUGAACUCUGCAACAGUGCGAAAAGGACCUUGGUGAAGAACCUUAUCAAGACGAAGAAUGGCUGGGUGUCGUCAUCGCCUAGAAGUCAAGGGGGUGAGGAUAAGGGAAAAAUUGAGGUGAUGGAUGUAUCCUCGGAAGAAGAAGAGGACAUGACACUCGACGAGGCCCGUUUAUCAGGUGAAGAUAAGCUCGUCGGUGCAGAAAUUGGGGCUGAUUUGUCCCCCGACUUUAAAGAACUCAUCGAGUUUCCCCCAGAGUUGCCGGCGUACAAGGUGAAAGAUGAAAAUUGGAGGAUGUUCGGAUUAACGACUUUUGAGUGGCGGUGGAUCGAGAAGUUUAUGGCUUUGCAUCGCGAUCAAGUCGAGGAGGACAUCGAAGAGGAAAAGCGUGCCCGAGAAUACUUUCGUUUGAGCAUGUUCGCUCGUCCCGAGAAGGACGUCAUCAACCCGUGGCGCUACCACGAUUGGGAAGAAGACCUCUUCGCCAACUUAUCGCACACUGAACUCUUCGGGAUCGUCAGAGCGGUUCACGAGCUAAUGAUUUCUGAUUUGUACAUCCCUCUGGCUAAAUGGUUAACCUUGUUGCGCGGGAUUCCUCGCGUGGCCGACUUUGGGCUGGGCCGCUGGCUGACGGAGCUUUCCCCGGAAAUGUGGGACUCUGGGUUGGAGGAAUUUUGCGAGGGGGCAAUUCGACCGAUGUGGGAUUGGAAGCCCCCAGAUGUUCAGCUUGCAUAAGGACAUUCCUCGCAGGCAACGCCCCAGGUCGACACUCCUGUGGAGGAAGAGGAUUUGGAAGGCUGUGCCGCAGUUUUCGACGCGCUGGUGGAAUUCGUAAUGAUGAAAGGGAAUGGAAUACUGGAUUUUUUGGGGGGUUUUUAAUAAUUGGAUAAUUUGGUGGUGGUUCUUAAUAAUUUAUGCAAAUCUCAAGUUGGGAGAGGAAAUAAUUUUCACCUUUUUAUAGUUCUUGAUCCAUUUACACGUGUGUUUUUUCAUGGAUGGUUUAGUUAUUACCUAUCAUUAACAAUUUGUUAUAGUAAAUUAGGCCAUAAUUUUCAUUAGUCGUGUCGUUAUUAAAAAAUGAAUUGUAGUGAGCAUUUUUAUACUGUAGUUUUAACACGAUUUAAUUAUUUCGUAGAUAAUUAAAGUCCCAAUGAAUCUUUUUAAGUUGGUAAAGUUCUAAAAUGUUACGAGAUUUGGUUAACAAAUUGAAAAAAUAAUGUCAAUAAAGUAGUAAAUUCUAAUAACCGUUGAUCUUUUUACAUUA